AUGAACAACGACCAAUUUCGGAAACUGCUUUUCGCCAACUUAGCCAAUUCGCCGAGCGGAGCUCAGGAUGGCGCUUCCCCAUCUCCACGUGCAACUGGAGGUGCUGGGUCCUCAGCUCUCGGGUCGCGACUGAAGUCCAGCAUCCCGAUGACACCACGAUCUGUGGCUGGUGCAGGCUCAGGCCGCGUCGACUUUGCGCGCCAACUCGCUGAGCGCAAUAACCAAGACCGACCGCAGAAGAAAUUCCGAACCUCUGCACCGAAGGGCACAAAGUUCGCGGAGGGCUACGUUGACCGCGCAAAACAGAGACAGGCAGAGGAGGAGGAGGAUGAUAAGGCAGCGCGGAUACAAGCGCUAGAGGAGUCCCUGAAGAAAGAGGAGAUCGAUCAAGCCACGUUUGAAAAGCUAAGAGACGAGAUUGCUGGCGGUGAUCUGUCGAGUACGCACUUGAUCAAAGGCCUCGACUUCAAGUUACUCGAGAGGGUCAGAAGAGGCGAGGAUGUCUUCAGUGGAGCAAAGCCCAGCCAAGGGCAAGCGGAGCCAUCGCCCGAGGCCGAAGACGAACCCGAGGAAGAGGAUGUGGACGACGCAUUUGAGGAGUUAGAGGAGAAGGAGGUCACUGCUGUCGAGAGGGAGAAGGCUAGGAAGAAGGGUCAACUAGCCACCACGACGCUGGUCCCAGGACAGAAACGGACGCGGGACCAGAUCCUAGCCGAGAUGAAGGCUGCCCGUGAAGCUGCCAAAGCACAGCAGGAGUCGGCUCUAGGGUCAAGAUUUAAAAAGAUUGGCGCCAAGAAGGAGCCAGGCUCAAGGAUAGAGCGCGACGCCAGAGGCAGGGAGGUGCUUAUCAUUGUCGAUGAAGACGGCAAUGAGAAGCGCAAGGUUCGGAAAGUUGCAGCAGAGGUUGAGAGAGAGCGCGAAUCUUUCAAGGUUAAUCCUAAUGCCGAAGUGCUGGGUAUGGAAGUCCCGGAGUAUUACAAGAAGAAACUAGAGGAGCAGGCCGACGCGGACGAGGAGGUGAAUAUGUUCUCUGAUGUGGAGUCAGACUACGAUCCACUGGGCGGCAUAUCAUCCGAUUCGAACGACAGUGACGAGCCUGACGCCGACGAGGCAAAGAAGAAGGUGGCAAAGGCACAGUCUCAAUCACCAAAGAGCGAGGGCGAGGUCGACUCUAUAAGCCAAGAUGCAGUUCAAGAGGACAUGCGGCCCCCACCCAAGCCGCAAGCACAACAUCCUCGCAACUACUUCAAGUCCAGCUUGAUAUCCGAGGAAGAGAAUGCGCGACCGGCCAUGAGCGAUCCCUCGGUUCUGGCUGCUCUCCAGAAAGCAAAGACGCUCAAUGCAGCCACUAAGUCGGAGGAGGAGCAGAAGGAGGCAGAUAGGCAGGUGAGGCUGAAGAAGAUGAUGGCGUCCGCAGAUCGCGAUGCGGAGGAUAUGGACCUAGGAUUCGGCACGAACCGCCUGGCGGAUGAGGAGGAGUUGGAAGACGACGGCAAGACCAAGCUGUCUAAAUGGGGUGCUGACGACGACGAUGAAGAAAGAGGCGGCGGCAAGUCCAAACGCAAGCGAGGGCCCAAGAAGAAGAAGGGUGAUGUCAACAAUGUUGCAGACGUGAUGAAAGUCCUCGAGAAGAGGAAAGCGGCUGGCUCGUAA